AAAACAACAACAACAAAAAAAGUAGUCCUGGCCUCUCGGCAUCAAUAUCCUCUCCAUAACUACUGUUAGAGGAAGAGAACCAGGGUCUGCGCCCCCUCCGAAGGCGAACAGGGACUGAGUUUCAGCUGACUCCAGAGGGCAGAGGGGAGCAAGAUGUCGGAUGAAGAUGACCUGGAUGACAUUGAGCCAGACCAGGAUGAUCUGGAGAAGGAAGAGGACGACAAGGACACAGAGGAGUGGGAAGACUACAAGAAGGAGGGGGAAGAAGUCUCUGAGGAAUGGAUGCCCACCCCCCUCACGGAGGCCAUGAUGAAGGAAGGGCUUUCUUUACUCUGCAAGACUGGCAGUGGACUGGCUCAUGCUUAUAUUAAGCUAGAGGCUAAAGACAGGGACCUCACAGACAUCAACCUGUUGCGCUCCUACAUCCAUCUCCGUUACGUGGACAUUUCUGAGAACCACAUAACAGACCUGUCACCACUCAACAGUCUCACCCACCUCCUGUGGCUCAAGGCGGACGGCAAUCAACUGCGAAGUGCCCGGAUGAACGAGCUACCCUACCUGCAGAUCGCCAGUUUCUCCUACAACCAGAUCGUGGACACAGAAGGCAUCUUUCAUCCCCGUCUACGAAGCCUGGAUCUCAAAGGCAACCGCAUCCAUCAAGUGAGUGGUCUGGACCCUGAAAGACUGACAAGCCUGCACACCCUGGAACUUCGGGGGAACCAGCUAGAGAGCACAUUGGGAAUCAACCUUCCUAAACUGAAGAAUCUCUUCCUGGCUCAGAACAUGCUGAAGAAGAUAGAAGGCCUGGAGAACCUCAGCAACCUGACCACUUUGCAUCUCCGAGACAACCAGAUUGAAACUCUGGACGGCUUCUCCAGUGAGAUGAAGUCACUGCAGUACCUGAACUUGAGGAGCAAUAUGAUUGCUGACCUGGGGGAGCUGGCCAAACUGCGGGACCUGCCCAAGUUGCGAGCCUUGGUGAUGCUGGACAACCCGUGUGCAGACGAGACCGACUACCGCCAGGAGGCUCUGGUGCAGAUGGCAAACCUAGAGCGCCUAGACAAAGAGUUCUUUGAGGAUGAGGACCGGGCUGAGGCAGAGGAGAUCCGUCAGAGGCUGAAGGAGGAGCAGGAACAGGACCUGGAUGCAGACCAUGACAUGGAACCAUACCGGCCACCAUCUUAGCGGCUCUUCCUAAACCAAUAGAGACCAAUGAGGCUGGCCUCAAGAACUGAUAAGACUCCAGUAGGGGACCACAACAUUCAUGGCCCUGUGAUAGGAAGUGGAAGAUACUUGCUGUCUUUUGUCUCCGCAUUAAAAAUCCAUCAUAUCCCAAGGCCCAG